AUGAUGAUUGGAACCAUUCCUACUUGUUUUGGCAAUUUUACCGCAAUUGUUAUGCAUGAAGACAAAGGGCUUUGGGACUAUCACACCAGUGAAAAUCCUUAUGUUCAUUAUGAUAAAGAUAGCUAUGGUGAGAAUGUUCAGGUUUAUGUUAAAGAAAUAGAGCUUGAAUAUACUAGUACACUUCGAUUUCUCUAUUCCAUCGACCUUUCAGGAAAUAACUUUUUUGGAGAAAUUCCAGAGGAGCUGAUGAAUCUUUCAGGUCUACAAAACCUGAACCUAUCUGGAAACAAAUUAGAUGGGAAAAUCCCUCGGAACAUUGGCAAGUUAAAAUCACUAGAAUCGCUUGACUUGUCUAAAAAUGAUUUUUCUGGCUCUAUUCCAUCCAGCAUUUCUGAUUUGAACUUUUUAAGUUACUUGAAUUUGUCAUUCAAUCACUUAUCUGGACGAAUUCCUUUGGGAAACCAACUUCAGACUCUGGAUGACAAAUCCAUCUACAUUGGCAACAAUGGACUUUGUGGAUUUCCAUUGAAUAAUUGUUCAGAGGAUGUAGAUGAAUUGCCUAAGGGACAUGAAAAAGUUGGAAAUAUGAGGACAGAUGACUCCAAAAUGCUUUGGUUCUACAGUGGUUUGGGAAUGGGUUUUGUGACUGGAUUUGUUGGAGUUUGUAGCAUUUUGUACUUUAAAGACUCAUGGAGGUAUGUUUGUUUUCAGUUAGCUGACAGAGUCUACAACAAGAUUUGGGUAACAGUUGCAAUUAAGGCAAAUCAACUAAAGAAAAAGUUUCACAUAAACAAAUUUGAAGGGAACGCAUGA